AUGGAAGGAACGGAUUUUGACCCCACUACUGAAGAAGGUCAAAUUAAUAUUAACGAUGAAGAAUACGAGUCUUUACUUCCCGAUGACAACGUAGACGGGUGGAGCCUUUUCGAUAAGCUAAGACGUAAAUAUGGCAGCAGGGCCCGCGAUGCUAUGCGCUCCCUAAGAGACAAAUUCAAAUCUAAGAAUCCCCACGAACCCGUCCCGGAGUAUCUACAAAUGGAAGACUUACACCUUACAGACGCAAAAACUGAAAUGUUAAGAGAAGUGAUUGACAACGUAAGGCAGCGAUAUCCUAAUGCAAACCUAGCCCUCUUAGAGUUUGGGGUAGGAGAUAAAGGCCAAAUCCAAGUCCGAUACGCAGGUAGAGAAAAAUGGUACAACUUUUAUCAAAGAACGGACUCUACCCUACUUAACAAUGGCCUUUCAAAAGAAAUAACGACGGCGUUGGGAAAUCCUAACCUAACAAUGUUGUCUGUCCUAAGCGAAAUGGAAACUACGAGGCUCCGAGGAAACAUCCUUAGGAUCAUCAAGACGCCAAGCGUCAAAGCAAGCAUUGAAUCUAUGAAUACACUACUUAAUAAGCAACAAGAAAAUCUCCAGCAAUUAGAAACCGCUGAAGAGGAAAAAAGUAAAGAACUCGAAGAACUUCCGCUAAGUAGCAGCGCAGCCGCAGACUUGGCAAGCGACCUACGAAACGUAAAAGCUGAAAAGGAGGCACUUCUGAAGGAAAUGCAGGAAAGCAGGGUAACUAUUGACGACCUCACGCGACAACUUGAAGAAGCGGCUGGGGAGUUGAACGACAUCGUCAAUCACCUUGAUAAUACCAGGGAGGAAAACCAAGCAUUACAGGAGCGCAUAAAAGAACUGGAGGACGAAUUAAUGAAGCAAAGCAGAUUGACUGUCGAAAGUCGUGCCGCCGAAAUCGCAGACUUCAAGGCUAGGCUCUCUAAGCUGCUAGAAGAAAAGAGCGCUGCAAGAAAUCAGCUAAAGGCUGCUUUGAACAAGGUGGCGGGGAAAGACGCAGAACUACAGCGCUUAGGAAAAGAAUUAACAGAUUCCGUUGACAGAGAAAGGCAAGUCAUGGCGGAUAAGGCGGUGGCGGAGGAGCAAAUUAGGCAACUUCAGCAGGCCGUCGAAGACCUGGAGGGGCAAUUGGAGCGGCAGCAAGAAAUAGUCGCAGACCAAACUCGUCCCGAAGAGGAAAGGGAGGCAGCCCAAAAGGAAGUGGAAACCCUUCAGGAAAGAGUUGCGGAAUUACGGACACAAAAGGACAAACUGGAAAAGGAGUUGGGGCUUACCACCAAGGAAAAGGUAGCUUCGUUUCGUGUGACUUUUUUGGCUUCUCUACGAAGUGAGGAAUGCCCUUAG